AAGCCACGCGGGCGUCCAAGCAAGUGCAUGCACCUCCUGCAUGGCAUCAUGGGGCACAUUCCGCCAUGGGAUGCAUGAUGAUGGGGGGCGGGUGGCCCCCCUCAUGGCACCCCGAAAUAUCUACGCCACGUCAGCCGCAGAGAUCGCCAGCUUGGGUGAAUGCCACGCUCCCGAAUGAUUUCCAUCCCUACCGAAUCAAAACAGGGGCGAUGAAAAGAGCGCGAGUUACAGCAAAAGAAACAGAGAGAGAGUGGCGUGUGUGUGUAUGUGUAUCUGUAAGGGGAAAAGUGCAAAGCUCGGUAAAUAAAUGCCGGCGAUAACGAGAAUGAGCUACGGAAUGGGAGUCUAGGACGCUGACAAAACCUUCUCAUUUCUCUUCAUGGCUUUUUCUUAUUUGGUAACGUUACCUAUAUCCGUGAGCGAGCGAUGGGGAAAGAGAGGAAGCUCUGAAAGUUGAAACCCUAGUGCGAUUUGUUCCGGAGGGAGAAAGGAAGGAGGAGAGCAAGAAGCGAGCCUUUUCAGAGUUCUGAAGUCAGUCAAAGGCAAAUUUGGGAAGCCUUGAAGACCAAAAUUUGACUUGAAGGUUGCUAUAGUGAAGCAGAAAAGGUGUUCGAAGCUUAAAUAUUAUUAAGUGAUAAGUAGUGGAGGAAUGCCAUAGAGAGUUAUUUGCUUUAUGAGUUGUUCUCUUGAAGAUGUGAGAGAGCCUGAUUGAAAAUGUUGAAAUUUGGAGUCAUUUAUUGUGACAAUGGGUGAUCUAGAACACAAAGCCACGGUUCAGUGUUGCUUCAUUGUUUGAUUUUCUCUUUGAGACGAUUUUGGUUUUAGGAGGGUGCAAUGUCCAGUGUACAUAAAAGGUGGAUAGAUGGCCUUCAAUACUCAUCCCUCUUCUGGCCUCCUCCCUCGGAUGAGCAACAACACCAGGCACAAAUUAUGGCUUAUGUUGAGUAUUUUGGUCAGUUUACUUCGGAGAGGUUUCCUGAUGAGGUUGAUGAGCUUGUUUACUGUUGACCUGUUUUUGUGGGCCAUGAACCAGAUGAUUCGGAAGCGCUACCCUAGCAAAGAAGUUUGCCUCUUAGAUAAUGUGUUGGCAACUUUUGUACUGCACCAUCCAGAGCAUGGGCACACUGUUAUUCACCCAAUACUUUCUUGUAUUAUUGAUGGCACGCUGCUGUAUGAUAAGAAUGACCCACCUUUUAGUUCUUUCAUUUCAUUAUUCAGCCCAAAAUGUGAGAAUGAUUACUUGGAGCGAUGGGCUCUGGCAUGUGGAGAAAUCUUAAGGGUAUUGAGCCAUUAUAAUCGCCCAAUUUAUAAGGUUGAAAAACAAAGUGGUGAAAGUGAACGGAGCAGCAGUGGUUAUCAAGCAUCAACCAGUAAUAGGCAUAAAAAAGAGGACGUUCAUCCCCUUGAGCAUGAGAGGAAGCCAUUGAGGCCGUUAACUCCAUGGAUUACUGAUAUCUUGCUUGCUGCACCACUUGGUAUACAAAGUGACUAUUUUCGAUGGUGUGGUGGGGUUAUGGGUAAGUAUGCUGCUGGUGGAGAACUCAAGCCACCAACAACUGCUGUCAGUAGUCAAUCUGGGAAACAUCCCCAACUUAUGCCAUCAACUCCUAGAUGGGCUGUUGCAAAUGGGGCUGGUGUCAUUUUAAGCGUUUGCGAUGAGGAGGUUGCCAGGUAUGAAACCCCAAAUUUAACCGCUGCAGCUGUUCCAGCCCUCUUGCUCCCCCCUCCAACAACAGAUUUAGAUGAACAUCUAAUUGCAGGGUUGCCUGCCCUUGAGCCAUAUGCUCGCCUAUUCCACAGGUACUAUGCAAUAGCUACUCCUAGUGCCACGCAGCACCUUCUGCUUGGUCUUUUGGAAGCACCACCUUCUUGGUCACCAGAUGCACUUGAUGCUGCUGUGCAGCUUGUUGAGCUCCUCAGAGCAGCUGAAGAUCAUGCAACUGGAAUGAGGCUUCCAAGAAACUGGAUGUAUUUGCAUUUUCUUCGUGCUAUUGGAACAGCAAUGUCCAUGCGAGCAGGAAUCGCUGCAGAUGCAGCGGCAGCUUUGCUUUUCCGAAUACUUUCUCUGCCUUCAUUACUUUUUCCUCUUCUUCGGCAUGGUAUAGGUGUUGACAUCCAGCAUGGAACUCUUGGAAGCUUGUCAUCAUGCUACAGAAAGCAGCAAUCCGACCAGACUGAAUCUCAAGCAUUGGAAGCUACCAUUGAAGCUACAGCUCAAGGAAUUGCAUCACUGUUUUGUGCCCAUGGUCCUGAGGUUGAAUGGAGAAUUUGUACGAUUUGGGAAGCUGCAUAUGGCUUAAUUUCACUUAGUUCAUCGAGUAUUGAUUUGCCAGAAAUUGUGGUUGCCACCCCAUUGCAGCCACCAGUUCUGUCAUGGAAUCUUUACCUUCCACUUCUCAAAAUCUUGGAAUAUCUGCCUAGAGGUGGUCCUGCUGAAGCAUGUCUAAUGAGGAUAUUUUUUGCUACGGUUGAAGCAAUUCUAAGAAGAACAUUUCCUCUGCAUCCUUCAUGGGAAAGCACAGAAAAGUCAAGGAAGGCUAAUUACAGAAAAGGGUCAAACCAUAAAAAUCUUGCUCUGGCGGAGUUUCGCAUGAUGGUCCACUCUUUAUUUGUUGAGUCAAAUGCUUCACCAGAUCUUGCCUCCCGUCUGUUGUUUGUAGUGUUGGCAGGUUGUAUUGGUCAUGAAGCUCUGCCAAAAGGAACAAAAAGUACAUCUAAUGGUCAGAGUGUUGAAAGUCCAUCACUUGACACAGCUUCUAAUGGAGGACAGCCAGGUCAUGCUAACAAAAAGAAAGGACCAGUAGCUGCAUUCGACUCUUAUGUGCUUGCAGCAGCUUGUGCUCUUGCGUGUGAGCUUCAGUUGUUUCCACUUAUUUCACAAAAUAACAUACAGUCUAGUUCUAGAGGCACACUUAAUAUGGCAAACAUUAAUGAAACAGAUUCUGAUUUAAGAAAUGAUGUGUAUCCAGCAGUUUGUCAUACCCGUAGGUUUUUAGGAAUUUUAGAGGACCUCUUUUCACUGAAGCCAUCGUCAAUUGGCGCCUCAUGGAGUUAUGGUUCAAAUGAGAUAGUCCCUGCUGCUAUGGUUGCUGCCCAUGUUUCCGAGUUGUUUAGAAGAUCCAAGCCUUGUAUGCAUUCAUUAUCCAUUCUAAUGAGAUGCAAAUGGGAUAAAGAGAUAUUCAACAAAGCGUCUUCACUUUAUCACCUUAUUGACAUUCAUGGGAAAACUGUUGCAUCAAUUGUUGAUAAGGCAGAAUCACUGGAGGCACACAUGCUGCAUGUGCCAGACAGGAAGGUGUCCAAUGUUUUCUACAAAGUGCAAAGACAGUUGAAAUGGCCAAAUGCUGAUACUUCUAAAGAAAACGCAGCAUCUUCCUCCUCCAAGAGGAAAGAAGUUACUGCAACGGAGGGAUCCUUAAAAUCUGGGAAGGCGAGACUCCUGACUAAUGUCAUCCUAAAUGAAUCUAGAAAAACUGUGACAAAUCUUCCAGUUGAUGCAUUAGAUCUUGCUAAUUUUUUAACUAUGGAUGGAUAUGCUGGAUUCAGCUGUAAAGCACAAAUUCUUUUAAGAUCUGUCCUUGCGGAGAAGCAGGAGUUAUGCUUUUCUGUUGUAUCUUUACUCUGGAACAAGUUGAUUGGUGCUCCUGAAAUGCCAAUGAAAGUAGAAGGUACAUCUGGCCAGCAAGGGUGGAGGCAGGUAGUUGAUGCGUUGUGCAAUGUGGUGUUGGCUUCUCCUGUAAAAGCAUCAACAGUCAUUGUUCUUCAGGCGGACAGGGAUUUACAACCUUGGAUUGCAAAAGAUGAUCAACAAAGCCAGAAAAUGUUGAGAAUCAACCAAAGAAUUGUUAGUUUACUUGCUGAACUUUUAAGAAACCAUGAUAUACCGGAAGCAUUGAUGAUUGUUGCCAGUGCCUCAGAUCUUCUGCUUCAUGCCACUGAUGGAAUGUUUGUUGAUGGUGAAGCUUGUACAUUACCACAGUUGGAGCUUUUGGAAGCAACAGCUAGAACAGUUGAACUAGCUUUCGAUUUGGGAGAUUCAGGAUUUGCCAUUGGUGUUGGCCUGUCAAAUUUGCUAAAGUGUCGCCUUCCUGCAACUGUUUGCUGCUUGUCUCAUCCUAGUGCACAUGUGCGUGCACUGAGCACUUCACUUCUCCGGGACAUCUUACAUAUUGAUUCCCUCAAGUCCUUUCCAGCGCAGGAGGAUGUAAGGGGAAUUCCUGUUCCUCCAUAUCGUAAAUUAGCUAUUGGUACCAUCAAUUGGCACGCUGAUCUAGAGAAAUGCAUAGCAUGGGAGGUACAAAGUAGGCGUGCAGCUGGAUUGACCCUUGCUUUGCUUUCUGCUGCUGCAAAGGAGCUGGGUUGUGCUCUCCCAGAUUGACUUCUUCUCAAACGCUUUCUCAGCUGCUAUUGCUUACAUCUACCUUGCAUGAUCAAGAUGUGUGAAGUUUCACAUAAGUUAUUUUCUUGGCCUUUGGAGCCCAUUUAUUGGUAGUUGGUACUGAUCUUGUUGGACUGCAUUAGGUGGUUAUAUGUAAUAUUGAUGACAGACUACAUGACCUAGGAAUAAGCGCUAGCAUUUCUUUUCAGUAAAAUACUUUACUCCAUUAUUAAUUUACGGACAGGCAUUCGAGUA